AUGGUGUCAAAGAUAUCAGAUGCACAUUUUGAAGCCCUAAAAGCAGACAACAAGAACCUUCGAGCAGAUCAAAGAAGGAUGAUCAAAGACAUAUAGAAAACAAGGGAGGAAUCCACGGAUUUGAUGUAUCAACUCCAACAGAAGAUGCAUUAAUUCCGGAUGACAGUAUGCAUGAGAUUGGAGGCUCUAGAGAAAAAGGAACAGCUUAAUCUGCAACCGACAUCAAGCUAUCAGCCAGCACAAUCAAAAUCACGACACAAGAAACCACCUCUUCACCCUUACCAAUAA